ACAUUUUAUUACAAACUAGUUUGGUUUAACUAAAGAGUAAGAUUGCUCUCACGUCAUAUAAAAAUAUAAUUCAUACAAAUGGCUUGUAACAAAUAAUACGCGAAUACGUCUCAAUAAAAAGAAUUUAAAACACAAACCCAAACUAUUGAACAAUUGCAAAUAUUGUCUGUAAUGAAUGCCAUAGCGUUACGGCCGAGCGUUUCAAAUAAUUUUCGUCAUGCCUUGACUACUGUUAGUAAACAUCUAGCUAAGAGAUUAUGUGAGAUUAAGACACUAGACUUGCCGCGGAAAUGUAAACCAAAUUAUUCAAAUGUGAUUGUUUCUACGAAAGCUUAUCAUAGUUUUAAAUUCGCAAAAAUUCAUCGAUAACGACGGAUCUGUUGAGUAGGACAUAACUAGCGAUGGCGAUGUCAAAACUGCAGGCGGUGGCAGUGUGGCUUCUUGACAUCGGAUAUAUGCUACAGGUUGUCGGAAUUAGCCCACUUUGUUGGAAUUGGUACAACGCAAGGGUGUGCAUUGCGUUAGGCCUGUGGGACAUUGAUCUUUAUCCAAAUUCAGUUUGGUUGACGGCGACAAAAACCCUUGAGGCGACGGGUGUUGGCUUCGGCCUAUUUGCGCUGCUUAUCGUGUUUUCCCUGGUAUGUCUACCAAGAUUCUACCACUGGACCGUGAUGCUCGUCGCGAUUUUUUCCUCAGUGAUAGCGGGUGUCUCAAUUCUGACUGGUAUAGGUAUUUACGCCAACAAGCUCCGCCAUGUUUUUGACUUCUCGUCCGCCCCUAACUGCACAGCAGGCCUGCUGUUUAUCCUUGCCGGAGGUCUGCUCGCCAUAGACGUUUGCCGCAUCCGCCAGCACAACUCAAGAGCUCAUACUCAGACUACGGUCACCCAUCCAACCAUGGCGGGCACAAUAACAGUUAUGAAUCGGCCGGAUACGGCCACGUGCCCUAUGGUGACCAGAGGUCGGGAGAUGGACGCGCAGUUGGCAACAUUGGGUUUGGAUUCUGGGUUUCUGUUUUCGCAAGCUAGUUUGUCUGAACCGACAGCAGUCCACGGUCGUCCAGCAUAAUCGUGUAGAGGAGUUUCUGAACACGGACUACGUCGCUCUUUUCCAUUAGGAUGGUUGACUUCGCUAGCUUCCGGAGAACCUUUUUAUACAGCUUGCUGGUUUCGAUCAGCUCCCUGUAUCGCAGAGUUAAAAAUAAAUGCACACACAGUUUUGUGUAAAUAGUGAUUGAACUCUUUCAAUUAAAUGUGUGUACUAAUUUUUCUAAUGUUGUUUGUGUAUGGGUCAUGACUUUGCCGUGCAUAUAAGUGGGGUUAUAGAAUGACUUUUCACAAACGUUAACCAUUACAUGAAAACACGUCGCGUGCAAGAUUCUGGUACGUACCUGAACGGACAAGGUCACAGAGCAGUUUUGUAUGAUACCAUGGCACCUGGCAUUGACAUCAAGUUCCGCCUUAAUGCAUUCAAAAGCUUUUUGAAAAAAAGACGCCGCGUCGAUUGAAAGAAGAGUCGAUUAUACAUUAAUCGAUCUCACUAAAACAACGAAUCAGCCCAUGUUACAGAAUCCUCGAUCCUUGAGUUGUAAGUGAUUAAGGACACAGGUAAAUAAUGGAAUAAACCUUUUAAUCAAUGAUAUUGCUUAAUUUGUAAUUGUGUAAUCACUGUUGUAACAACUAACCAUCUGCAUUUCCAUAAUGUAUCUACUAACAACUAACUAGAUAAAAAAGCUUUUUAUAUCUAUUAUUAUUCACAAUAUUGUUAUACAUGAACAUUCUCCUUAUUUCUCAAGCUAUUUUUAAAUUGUUAUUGAUAAUGGCUACCUUGUUACGAUUAUCACAUACAUGUAAGUUGUAUUUACUUUUAUAUAUUUGAUUGACGAGAUGCUUUGUAGCAUAAUUCGAA